UGUUGCUCAGCGGUUCUUCGACAAAAUUGGCGAACGUUUAUGUAUGAUUUGUGUUUAAAAUGCAGCUUAAACACAUGAAAACAUUGCUGACCCCUCAGGAUGGGGCAGCCAAGAUCACAGCUAUAGCCUGGGCACCUAAUAACAACAAAUUAGCUGUGUGUACGGUGGAUAGGGUCAUUUUAUUAUAUGAUGAGAAUGGUGAGAGAAGAGAUAAAUUCUCAACCAAACCAGCCGAUGCAAAGUAUGGAAAGAAGAGUUAUACAGUAAAAGGGCUGGCAUUCUCACCCGAUUCUUCCAAGAUUGCUGUUGGUCAGACUGAUAAUAUUAUAUAUGUGUAUAAGAUAGGUGAUGACUGGGGUGAAAAAAAGGUUAUUUGUAAUAAAUUUGUACAACAGAGUGCAGUGACCUGUAUGCAAUGGCCGCCUGAUAAUUCUAUCGUAUUUGGACUGGCUGAUGGUAAAGUACGUAUUGCUAAUGUGAAAACUAACAAAUCAUCUACUGUCUAUGGAACGGAUUCAUUUGUGGUCUCAUUGGCUUCAAAUGCAUCUGGUAAAGGUGUUCUAUCUGGCCAUGCUGAUGGGUCUAUAGUACGAUAUUUCUUUGAAGAUGAAGGUACCGGUGAAUCGCAAGGUAAAAUCUGUACACAUAGCUGCCCACCAUAUGCACUGAGCUGGGCAGGUAACUCCAUUAUGGCAGCCGGGUGUGACAAACGUAUCAUUGUUUACGGCAAAGAAGGACGCAUUGUACAACAGUUUGAUUUCACACGUGACCCCGAGGAACAUGAGUUCACCACGGCAGCUAACAGUCCAAGUGGACAGAGUGUGGUUAUAGGCAGUUAUAACAGAUUGAGAGUUUUCAACUGGGGACCCCGAAGAGGAAUGUGGGAAGAAGCCAAGAUGAAAGAAAUCCCUAAUUUGUACACGAUCACUGCAUUGUCAUGGAAAAAGGAUGGAUCAAGACUUGUUGCUGGUACUUUAUGCGGUGGUGUGGAAUUAUUCGAUUGUUGUUUGAGACGCUCUAUCUACAAGAACAAGUUUGAAAUGACGUACGUUGGUUUAAGUCAAGUCAUUAUCAAGAAUCUUUCCUCUGGUACGAGAGUUGUAUUGAAGUCUCACUAUGGUUAUGAGAUUGACGAAGUCAAGAUUCUAGGUAAAGAUCGUUAUUUAGUUGGACAUACAUCUGAUACACUGUUACUCGGUGACUUGAUUACGAAUAAACUAAGUGAGGUACCAUGGCAGAAUACAGGCGGGAAUGAAAAAUUCUUCUUUGAAAAUGAAACUGUGUGCAUGAUAUUUAAUGCUGGUGAGUUAUCAUUGGUUGAGUAUGGAGCUAAUGAAGUGUUGGGAUGCGUUAGAACUGAGUUUAUGAACCCACAUUUGAUAAGUGUUCGUUUAAACGAGCGUAAACAGUUAAAUGUUGAAGAUAAUAAAAAAAUGGCAUAUCUAGUUGAUUUGAAGACAAUCUCUAUCAUGGAUCUUAUCAUGGGAUUUAACAUGGCUACUGUGACACAUGACUCCAAGAUUGACUGGUUGGAAUUGAAUGAAACUGGACAUAAAUUACUGUUUAGAGAUAAACGUCUCAAGCUUCACCUGUAUGAUAUUGACACUCAAACCAAGACGACCAUCCUUAACUACUGUACUUAUGUUCAGUGGGUUCCACAAAGUGAUGUUGUCGUUGCUCAGAAUAGAGGUAAUCUGUGUGUGUGGUACAACAUUGAUUCACCUGAAAGGGUCACCAUGUUUCCAAUCAAGGGUGAUAUUGUUGAUUUAGACAGAGUUGAAGGUAAGACUGAUGUCAUCGUAAAUGAAGGUGUAACUACUAUAUCCUAUACAUUAGACGAAGGCUUGAUAGAGUUUGGUACUGCUAUUGAUGAUGGUGAUUAUUCUAGAGCUGUUGCUUUCUUGGAAACACUUGAAAAGUCUAAUGAGACAGAAGCCAUGUGGAAGACACUGAGUAAACUUUCCUUGGAAGCCAAACAGUUGCAUAUUGCUGAGAGAUGCUAUGCUGCUAUGGGUGAUGUCAGCAAAGCUAGGUAUCUGAGGAGUGUGAAUAAAGCAGCGGAGAAUGCAAAGAAAGAAAUUGGUGGAGAUGGUACCAGUCAUUAUGUUGUCAGAGCUAAGUUGGCAACUCUCAAUAAACAGUUCAAAGAAGCUGAAGCAGUUUAUCUAGAACAGAAUAACAUAGAUGAAGCAAUGGAGAUGUAUCAGCUGUUGCAUAAAUGGGACGAGUCAAUUCAAGUUGCUGAAGCCAAAGGUCAUCCAGAAUUAGAGAAUCUGCGGCGUAAUUACUACCAAUGGUUAAUGGAAACAGGACAAGAAGAGAAGGCAGGUGACCUGAAAGAGAAUGAGGGAGAUUAUCAUGCUGCUAUUAAUCUCUAUAUGAAGGCAGGAUUACCGGCUAGAGCUGCUAGAUUAGCUACAAGUCGAGAAGAGCUGAUGACAAACCAAGAUAUCAUACAACGCAUUGCCGCAGCAUUGAUCAAAGGAGAAUUCUAUGAAAGGGCUGGAGAUUUAUUUGAGAAGAUUGGUAACAGUCAACGUGCAUUAGAAUGUUAUAGAAGAGGAAAGGCUUAUAGGAGAGCUGUGGAGCUAGCUCGUAACGUCUACCCGCAAGAUGUUGUCAAGUUAGAAGAAGAAUGGGGAGACUACCUAGUGUCACAGAAACAAAUGGAUGCAGCUAUCAACCAUUAUAUAGAAGCUGGUAUAUCUUUGAAAGCUAUAGAUGCAGCUAUUAGUUCUCGUCAAUGGAACAAGGCUGUACAGAUAGUAGAGUUGCAAGAUCCGGCCGUAGCUUCACGAUAUUAUCACAAGAUAGCUAAACAUUACUCUGGUAUUAAUGACUAUGAGACUGCUGAGAAAUACUAUGUAAGAGCUGAUAUGCCAAGGGAAGCCAUUGAUAUGUACACAACUGCUGGUAAAUGGGAAGCAGCUCACAGACUUGCAAUUACUUGUAUGAAGCCAGAAGAUGUAGCUGUGUUGUACAUCACGCAGGCACAACAAAUGGAAUCACAGGGCAAAUUUAGAGAAGCAGAAAGACUGUACAUUACUGUUGAAGAGCCGGACAUGGCUAUUACUAUGUAUAAGAAACAGCGCCAAUAUGACCACAUGGUACGCCUGGUAAAACAUUACCACCCAGAUCUUCUUGGAGAUACGCACCUGCAUUUAGCCAAGGAGCUUGAGAGUGAGACAAGUCUAAGACAAGCUGAGCAUCAUUACACAGAAGCUGGUGACUGGAAAGCUGCAGUUAAUAUGUACAGAGUGCAUGACAUGUGGGAUGAAUCCUAUAGGGUAGCCAAGGCCCAUGGUGGAGUGACUGCAGCAAAACAGGUCGCCUAUCUAUGGGCUAAAAACCUGGGAGGAGAUUCUGCUGUCAAAUUACUCAAUAGGUUUGGGUUAUUGGAAGCUGCUAUUGAUUAUGCUGCUGAAAAUUGUGCAUUUGAUUUUGCGUUUGACUUAGCCAAAUCUGGCAUGAAGAACAAGAUGCCAGAUAUCCAGUUGAAACAUGCUAUGUAUCUGGAAGAUGAAGGAAAGUUUGCUUUAGCAGAAGCUGAGUUCAUUAAAGCUAGCAAACCUAAGGAAGCUGUACUAAUGUACGUACACAACCAAGACUGGGAUUCAGCACAACGAGUGGCAGAACAAUAUGAUCCAGACAGCGUCUCUGAUGUGUUAGUAGGACAAGCAAGAUUUGCAUUUGAACAGAAGGAAUUCCAGAAAGCUGAGGCAUUUUUAUUACGUGCACAACGUCCUGAACUGGCAAUCAAGUACUAUAAGAAUGCAGAAAUGUGGCAAGAUGCCCUGAGAGUGUGUAAAGAAUACAUACCAAAUAAAUUAGAAGCUUUACAAGACGAGUAUGAAAGAGAAGUUUUAUCAAGAGGAACAAAAGGAGCAGAAUCACUGAUUAGCCAAGCUAGAGAAUGGGAAGCAUCUGGUGAAUAUACUAGAGCCAUCGAUUGUUACCUGAAAGUCACUCCUAAACAAACAUCAGAUGGUCAUCUACUAGAACAAAGCUGGACUAAGGCUGCAGAGUUGUCAGCCAAAUUCAUGGGAGUGCGCAAAGCCAUGGAAGUCACUAAGUUAGUUUGUCCAAGACUGAUAGAGGUGGGAAGAUUCAGUGCUGCAGCUGAAUUGUAUCUGAGUGCUGACAUGAUUAAAGAAGCCAUAGAAACAUUCAUUGAAGGAGAAGAGUGGGAUAAAGCUAAGAGAGUUGCCAAGGAAAUGGAUCCCAGAUAUGAGAGAUAUGUUGAUGAGAAAUAUAAAGAAUUUCUCAAGGAUCAAGGAAAAGCUGAAUCGCUGAUUGCUGUUGAUGUUAUCGCUGCACUGGACAUGUAUGUGAACCGUGGACAAUGGGACAAGUGUAUUGAAAAUGCAGAGAAACAAGGAUAUAAAGUCUUGCAUAAAUACGUAGCUCUGUACGCAACUCAUUUGAUUAAAGAAAACAAUAUCCAGAAGGCUUUGGAUUUGUAUGUGAGUCAUGGAGCUCCGGCUAACCAACAGAACUUUAAUAUCUACAAGCGUAUCUGCAUGGAGCUGUUUUCAGCACCGGACACAGACAAACCUGAAACAUACAAAAUAUGGGCUGGUCUCCGAGAUAUGCUGUUGGAUUUGACUGAGAAUUUAGCAAAGUCAUCUGAAGCCAAGAGCCCACAGCAUGAAGAAUUUGAGACGUUGUUGCUGAUAGCGCAUUAUUAUGCAUGCAGAUCGGCAUGUCUUGGUCAACAGGCUUUGGAGACACUGUCUGCUAAAUUGUCUAUAUCUUUAUUACGUCAUACUGAAAUCAUUCCAGCGGAUAAAGCGUUCUAUGAAGCAGGCAUUGCAGCUAAAAGAGAAGGAUUGGACAACAUGGCAUUUGUGUUUCUCAAUAGAUACUUGGACUUGACUGAGGCAAUUGAGGAAGGUUCCUUAGACAUGUUAGAUAAUAGUGAUUUCCAAGAAACUGAUAUACCAUUUGAAGUCCCAUUACCAGAAAGACAACUAGUAUCAGAGGAUAAGAAAGAAGAAGUUAAAGAAUGGGUGUUGGCUGUAUCUAUGGAUCAGAAAGUAGAACAGAUCUUGGACAUGGAUGAGAGAGACACAUAUGUAGGAUCUUUAGUAGCUCUCAAUACAGGCAUUAGAUCACUGCCAUGUGUCAUAUCAGGCUAUCCUGUGCUCCGUAAUAAGUUAGAAUUCAAACGACCUGGAAAGGCAGCUAAUAAAGAUGACUGGAAUAAAUUCCUGAUGGCCACUAAGAUGUCUCAUAGUUCAGAAUGUCAAGAUGUAUUGAAGUUUAUUGGACAAUGGUGUGGUGCUACCCCCAGUCCUAGCUAUUCAUUCCAAUAACUCUUCAUGGCAUAAACACUAUCCGUCCUAGUCUGUUUACAUCCUCCAAAUACAAGAGUGUCUUUCCCUUGUCUACAAAUGAUCAAAUUUGUAAUUUGUUAAAAAAUCUUUGUAGUGUCAUUUCAAUCCUACACAAGAUUUGUUUUGAAUGAAAACAAAAAUCAGAAUUUUUUUUUACAAUUGCUAUUGAGUAUUUUGAGAUUUGGAAAUCUAAACUGAAUAACUAAUUCUGGGGGGAAAAAAACAUGUUUUGCACUAUUUUUUCAGCAAAAAGGUUAGUUUUGGUGGUCAGGCUAACAAUAAUACAAAACAUAGAAUUUAAUAACUGUCUCCUGUUUGUAGUUUAUUCAAGGAUAACUCAACCAAUAUCAAGGUGUGAUAGUGAUAUUAAUUAAGAGUAGUUUGUAAAACUCAGCAUGUUAUCUUUUCUUAACAGUCUAUUAAAACAUCUAACAAACUUGAACACCUUCAGAGCUCAAAAUUUGACGCAAUUUUGCAUGCCGUUUUGUUAAAUCAUAAUGCUAUGGGGGAGCAAUAACAUCCUGGUUUACCUGUAAAAAAAAUGAAGCUUAGUACUCGUUUUUUCUCUGGACCACAGUCUUAAUUAUUUUCUGAAUGAAUAACUGACAUCCUCCUUUGACUCAAUGAAAUCUCCUAAUUUUAGGUGCAACAUUUCAAUGUGUUUUUCUAUAAUUUUGUUGUUGAUUUUGGACCAAAUGAAAAUAAUUUCUCAUUAGCUAGAGGAAUUGAUCAACAUUUUCGGCGAAAAAAAUUCUGUUUUAUGAAGGUGGUGAAACAAAUAGUUGUUUAAUAUGAGUACUGUAAAAUCUGUAUUAGAAACCGCGGCUUCUAUUAAAAUGGUACAAUGCAACAGAGGGGAUGCGGCUUCUAAUAGAGUAUCUACACAUAUGAGAAAUGAUGAAUUUUUGGUUCUCAAUUAUUCAAAAAAAAUGGGUGCGACUUCUAUUAGGGAUGCGGCUUCUAAUACAGAUUUUACGGUACAUUCAUUUUGCUAUUUGCAUCUAUCAGGUACACACUAUUUGGGUUGGGUAGCAUAAUAGUAUUCUGAUGUGCUAAAGACUUGUUAACCGAUUGAUCUUGAUACAAUAGUUGUUUUACAUAUUCAAGUGACUCUUUAAAUAUUGCUGUUGCUAAGGGGUGGAUUAUCAUUAAAAUAAACACAUGGAUCACCCAAGUUAUUUAUAAUUGGUUUCUCAAAAAUUUCCUUUUUUUCUCUUAUUCAUUUCAACAGUGUUGUACAAAUCUCUAUACUAGUUCUUUUCAAAUUUUUACAUACUUCUGUGUACAGUUCCACUUUUCAUGCUGUCCGUUUUUUUUUUUUGUAUCGCAUGUACAAUGUUUUACAGACUCGUGUCUGUUUCUAGUCCGUCCGUUUCUAGCCAGUCUUUUGUAGUUUCUCACAUGCAGUAUGAAAUUAACUUUUACCCUUACCCCUAACCCCCCCAUGUGUCAGUUUUGAUGAUCGCCCCCCCCCCAAUGAUGUAUAUUUCUUGUAUGUAAUAAAACAUCUUUAGAUA